GUGUCACGUGACUAAGUGAAGCCGUGAAGACCGCAAACAAAGUGCGUCACUCUGUGAGAGUGUUGAGGUCUGCAGAUUGAAGAGGUGGUGUGUUUGCUGGUACAACAAUGGUGAAAAUAGCUUUUAAUUCGGCUCUGGCGCAAAAAGCGCCCGGCAAAGACGGCGAGUCGCUGAUGGCCGAGAAGGACCCAGAGGCGGCUUCCGUGUACGCCACCGAGAGCUCCACAGGCCGCUGCCUGCUCACUCUGCUAGGCCUGGCCUUUAUCCUCACUGGCCUCAUUGUUGGUGGAGCCUGUGUCUACAGGUACUUCACCCCUAAGAAACUGUAUCAUGGUGCCAUGCACUUCUCUGAGAUUGACAACGACUUGGUUCCUAUGGACGUGGAGGCUCGUGAGCCCUACUACCUGCCUCGCAUUGAUGAGGAGCUAGAAAUCCACGAGAGUGUGGCCAUCAUCAACGUACCCGUGCCCCGCUUCGGCGAGGGAGACCCAGCCUACAUUUUGCAUGACUUCCGCAGAAAACUGACUGCUUACCUGGACCUGAGCCUGAGGGCCUGCUUUGUUAUCCCGCUGAACACCUCUGUGGUGAUGCCCCCCCAGGACCUGAUGGAUCUCUUUAUGCAGCUCAUGUCGGGCUCCUACAAGACGUACCUAGUGCACGAGGACCUGGUGGUGACCGAACGCAUCGAUGACCUGGGGCCGUUGGGUUACUACAUCUUCAACCUCUGUGAUGGCAAGGACACAUACCGCAUGCAGCGGCGUAGCGAGAUCCUGGCAGGCAUCCAGAAGCGCUCCGUUGAGGACUGCUUCACCAUCCGCCACUUUGAGAACAAGUUUGUGACUGAUACCAAGAUCUGCAAGGCCUGAUGGAAUUCUGGCUUGGGUGGUGGGAGGGGGUAAACAGAGGAUGAUUGAAAAAAGAAUGGGGGGCCUUCCAGCCUCCACCAGACUGAAAGCAGAGAGGUUUUUCCACAAGUAGACACAAAAAGCAUAAUUUUUGUCUCGUCUCCUAUUUGGUGCUCACCUAAGAGUACAUCUUCCAAGUUAUCAUUGAUUCCUGUCGUCUUUGACUGUUGACACUUGGUUUGCAACUAACCUGCUCUUCAGAUUUUGAUAUUUUUUCCUUCUUUCAAUUUUUUUUUUUUUUUUUUUU